AAAGUCAGUUUUAUUCCAACAAUAUAGUAGAAGUAUAGUAAAGGUAUAGUAUAGUCCACCACUGUAGUGACGAAUGAUAAGUAAUCGCGCGAAUAUCGAAAUAUUUCAGUACUACGUGAAUCCGUGCAUUAUAAAUAUCGAAAUUACUAUAUUAUGUUUUCGUAAUUAGUUCCUGUGUAAUAUGACGAGAAUCGAUAUGAUUAUUUCAGUUAAAGGCAACAAUCUUCGUUAGUUUGAUGAGAAAAAAGGAGCAGAAAGGAUAAGCAGCCAAAACAAGUUGAGGUUAUAAUUGUUAAAGGGAAGGAUUCUGAGAACGACGCGAGAUGGCAAUACCGUACGAAUGUUUGUUCCGCUGAUGGUGAAGUACCAGCAUAACAACAAACUGACAUGAAUUCUGCGAGCAAGGUUGGUGAAAUUUUCACCGCAGCCGGGGCAGCAUUUAACAAGUUGGGAGAAUUAACGAUGCAAUUACACCCUACGACUGACUCGCCAGCAGGUAAAUGGACUGACGAGGAAAUUGAGAUGCUCCGUCACUCGGUAAAGACCUUCAGUGAAGACUUGAACAAAAUAAGUGAACACAUCAAGGGACGAACGGUCUCUCAAAUUCGAACAACGCUAAAGAAGAAAGCUUUUGAGGAAGCUGGCGUGCCGCUCAGACAACAAAUGCUUUCUCAACAGUCGACGCAACAAUCGGCAGUUCAACAAGUAUCGAAGCAACAAACAGGAAAUCAAGGAUUAAUGGGGAAAUCGUCUGAAGUCACGUUGAACAUGUUAAAUGCGCCGGAAUCGGAAGUGGAUGUUGAGGGACUACCAGAGGAGUGUCAAGUAAAGCUCGAGUUCGAAGGUGCGACGGAAGAAGUAGCUUCUUAAUGAGCCGAGGUUGAUCUUUCCAUAUGUAAUUUUUUUUUAUCUAGAUUUCUAAAUAUAAGAUAAUUUUCAUAUAAUAUACGCGCUUAACGUUAAGUAACAAAUAUGUACCUUCAAUAAAUUAUGUUUCUCAAAUAGAUUUUUAAAAGU